AAGUUGCGUCACAUUUGAGCGGUCGUGUUGCCACGUCGGAAAUAUCCAUCAUAGUCCAUUGCAACUCUGGGCGGCUGCGGCUGUCUUCUCUGUCCUGAGGAAUUGUGAUAACCGUAGUACAUAAAUAACUGUAGCUCCAGUGCAACUAUGGUGUCGGUCAUUAAUACCGUGGAUACGUCUCAUGAGGACAUGAUCCACGAUGCUCAGAUGGACUACUAUGGGACACGCCUGGCCACCUGCUCCUCUGACCGCUCUGUGAAAAUCUUCGACGUGAAGAACGGAGGCCAAAUCCUGCUGGCUGAUUUGAGAGGCCAUGAGGGUCCUGUGUGGCAGGUGGCCUGGGCUCACCCCAUGUACGGCAACAUCCUGGCCUCCUGCUCCUACGACAGGAAGGUCAUCAUCUGGAAGGAGGAAAAUGGCAGCUGGGACAAAAUGUAUGAGUACACCGGCCACGACUCUUCAGUGAACUCCGUGUGCUGGGGUCCGUAUGACUUUGGGCUGAUCCUGGCCUGCGGGAGCUCUGAUGGGGCCAUCUCCAUCCUUACCUGCUCUGGAGACGGACAGUGGGACAUUAAGAAGAUCAGCAACGCACACACGAUUGGCUGCAAUGCGGUCAGCUGGGCUCCAGCAGUGGUGCCAGGCAGCCUUGUGGACCAGCCCACCGGCCAGAAGCCCAACUACAUCAAGAGAUUUGUUUCUGGAGGCUGCGACAACCUGGUCAAGCUGUGGAAAGAGGAGGACGGCCAGUGGAAGGAGGACCAGAAGCUGGAGGCUCACAGUGAUUGGGUGAGAGAUGUGGGCUGGGCUCCAUCCAUAGGCCUACCCACCAGCACCAUCGCCAGCUGCUCGCAGGACGGUCGGGUGUUUAUCUGGACGUGUGACGACCCCUCGGGGAACACGUGGACGGCCAAACUGCUGCACAAGUUCAACGACGUGGUGUGGCACGUCAGCUGGUCCAUCACCGGAAACAUCCUGGCCGUGUCUGGCGGCGACAACAAGGUGACAUUGUGGAAGGAAUCUCUGGACGGCCAAUGGGCUUGCAUCAGCGACGUCAACAAAGGCCAGGGUGCCGUGUCCUCUGUCACAGACGGCCAGCAGAACGAGCAGUGAGGCAGCAGGGCUGGGCAGGGGGAGGGAAAUCCCUCACAUCCACCCCGCUCCAUCCCACUUAGAUGGAUGCGAGGCAAGGCCACCUUCAGUGGAGGAUACUCGACUGCCUCAGAGACUUUUCCAGAACAUUUGUCCACCUCAGAGUUAACACACACACACAUCAGGAAGUGGUCCCAGCAUCUAAAGGAUCUAAGUGCUGUUUAUAUUCUAUGUCUCCAGUCCAGUGUUCGUUGUGGCACUCCAAAUCAAAAGAUGCUUUUUUUGAUGAGGUCGUAUAGAGCAGAGUUAAAGUCUUGUUAUGGUCUUCAAAAUUGAUCGCAAAUUACCAGUAAUUUUGUUCUUCUAGUGCUUUUGUUUAAACAAAUCUUGGUCUUGUAGUUUGAUUGAGAGAGUGUGUGAGUAAAAGCGCCAUGUGUCAGAGUCCGGGUCUAGAGAGUUAACACUGAGAGGAAGAGGAAGAGGAAGAGGAAGAGGAUGGUGCCUGAUCUCAUCACCUCAGUGGACCAUGCUGCACGGGACCGAAAACAAAUAUCACAACCUUUUUUCCCCCUUUUUAUGUGCUUUUGUUUGACUUUUCAUUCAGAGAAUGAACUUUUCUAAUAAGUGAAAUGAAAUAAAAAACAUCUCCAGCUAAA